AAAAGACAACCGUAAAACCCUUUCCCUCUUUAAUUUUAGUGCAAAAGCUAUUCAAUUUCUCUUGCAAAAAGUUUCUUUGAAGAUUUCGAAACAAAAAGAGCGAAUUCUAGUAGCAAAUCUCUACAUAUUCAGUUAAAGCUGUUACCAGUGUCUAUUGGCAAAGUUGAGCAUCAACCUGCUGUAGUUCUUCUUGAAGAGCUUAUUUGAUUGCAGUUUUAGAGAAGGAUGUCUACCGGAGAGGUCAAAAAGGUUUCACCUCAAGAUUUACAACUGGUACAAAAUCUUAUAGAAAGGUGUCUUCAGCUUUAUAUGAGCCAGAAGGAAGUUGUUAGUACACUACUACAUCAAGCAAAAAUAGAACCUAGUUUUACUGAACUUGUUUGGCAGAAGCUUGAAGAAGAAAAUCAGGAUUUUUUCAAGGCUUAUCACCUGAGAUUGAUAUUGAAGGACCAAAUAAUGAAAUUCAAUAAAUUGCUCCAGACACAGGCUGAGCUGAUGCGUCAGAUUUCCCCUGCUGCUGGAGCACCUUCAGUUCCUAUCUCCAGUGGAUCUCAUGUUCCGCUAUUGCACCAAAAUCCUUCAUGCUAUUCCCCAGAUAAUACAGGACAAGCUAUGAAGCUAGAGAACAUGCACCAAUCUACGGUUUCUAAAUUGCCUAAUGCACUCACUAAUGGUGGAUCGUCACUUCACCAUUGCAUGCAAUCUGCUGUUGGUUUGUCUAGCAUGUCCAGAAGGGAAGAUGUUUCACCAAACCUACUGAUGGCUCAGAAUUCAAAUAUGGUACUUAUGCAAGGAAUCAAUGGUGACGGGAUGAUUAAAUCAGAAUCUGGUUAUGCAGAUGAACCGGCAUUUAUGUUCAAUGCUGCAAAUAAUGUUCUAGAAAGGCAUCCUGCAAUGGCAGAUGUGCCUCUUCCUUCCUUUAUUGGUGAAGAAUCCAAUCCAAAACCUGUAAACGAACCAAUUGUAGAUCCCGAUACAUCAUCAUAUGGAUUUUUAGGCCAGAUCCCUAGAAACUUCAGUCUGUCAGAUUUGACAGCAGACUUCUCUAUUAGUUCAGAUAUAUUAGACAGCUAUUCUAAGUCACCCUACCUGGCAACAGAUACAGACUUCUUGAAUCCUCAUGGUAACGGAGAUAUUCAAGGAGAUGGUAAAAGGUUGGACACUAUAUCAGAAGGCUUGAGUUAUGAAGGGUUUGGCAGUGAUUGAUUUAUUGUUGCUGAUGCAGGUGAAUAUUCCGCCCAAUCCGACACAAGUUUUUGGUAAAUAAUUUGAUGCAAGCGUGAAGAGGUCCAAACUCUGAGAAUACUAUGAUGAUUGGUGUGUCUAGUGAGGUAAAAUUGUAGUCAUGGUGGUAGGCCUGUGGAGGGUGUUUAGAUUUGCAAUAUUUUGAUGUUCCUCUUUGUUGGUUUUAUAUAGUUCUCAUGGUUUGUUUGCUUCU